UACGGUGCUUUGAGUGCGCGUGUUCAAAUAAUAUGUGUAAAUACAAGAAAUAUCACAGUUAUUUCUAGCAAACUUUAUUUACCUGUAAUGUGUGCUCAAGACGUUUUGUUUAUAUUUUUUACUACAAUUAUCUUAGCUCUAGCUCAACCCCGACUGCCAUUUGCAUUUACGCGGGUAUUAGGUGGCGCGCCAACAACAAUUAGCCAAUAUCCAAUAUUGGCCCAACUACUACUAGACCCUUGGGCCACUAACCAGUACAGCCAACAUUGUGCAGGAGUUAUUUUGACUUCUCGACAUAUAAUUUCUACCGCUCAUUGUUUUCAAUACAAUGAAAAUACAGGAAGAAAUUACACAAAACCUUACCACUGGAAAGUGCGCGUAGGCUCAUCAUACCGAACUAGAGGUGGAAUAUUACAUAGGGUAAAAAAUAUAAUACCUCAUCCCUCAUUCGACAAGUAUUACUACAAUAAUGAUGUAGCAGUGCUAGUGGUGGCUACACCAAUCACGAUGACAAAGUUUGCAAGACAAGGCACUAUAACAAAACCUGGGACCGAUGUUGCUGCCAAUUCCUUAUGCACAUUAGCAGGAUGGGGUGCAACACAGCGCGGCGGACCACAACCAGAUCAACUGCAAUACACAGUGAUGGUAAUAAUAGACCAGCGAGAAUGUAUAAUGCGGUACAAUACAAUUGGAGCGGUUAUAGCAGAUUCUAUGUUCUGUGCUGGUAAUCUAGAAAUGGAUGGGAUAGACGGAUGUUAUGGUGACUCCGGGGGUCCCCUUAUAUACAAAGGAGUUGUUAUCGGCCUUGUGUCUUUCGGCUACGGCUGCGGACUUCGCUAUUAUCCCGGAGUUUACACUAAACUGUCCCAUUUUACAGAUUGGAUUAUUAAAACUAUUGCUACUUAUAAAUAAAUGAAGUG